ACCGCGCAUUCAACAGGAGGAGCCCCGGUGGCCGGCCGCCCGAGCGCCCCGCACGCGCCCCGCACGCGCCAUGGCCAAGGAAGGCGUGGAGAAAGCGGAGGAGACGGAGCAGAUGAUCGAGAAGGAGGCGACCCGGGAGCCCGCGGAGGGUGGCGGGGGCGACGGCUCGCACCGCCUCGGCGAUGCCCAGGAGAUGCGCGCCGUGGUCCUGGUGGGCUUCGGCGGGCUCAACAAGCUCCGGCUCACCAGGAAGGCCAUGCCCGAGCCCCAGGAUGGCGAGCUCAAGAUCCGCGUCAAAGCCUGUGGAUUGAACUUCAUUGACCUGAUGGUACGACAAGGAAAUAUUGACAACCCUCCAAAGACCCCCCUGGUGCCGGGAUUUGAGUGUUCUGGGAUUGUGGAAGCCCUGGGGGACAGCGUGAAAGGGUAUGAGAUCGGGGAUCGUGUCAUGGCCUUUGUCAAUUACAAUGCCUGGGCAGAGGUGGCGUGUGUACCGGCCGAGUUUGUCUACAAGAUCCCAGACGACAUGACCUUCUCGGAGGCGGCUGCCUUCCCCAUGAACUUCGUCACCGCCUACAUGAUGCUCUUUGAGGUCGCCAACCUUCGGGAAGGGAUGUCGGUGCUCGUGCACUCUGCUGGCGGCGGAGUGGGUCAAGCCGUGGCCCAGCUGUGCUCCACAGUCCCCAACGUGACCGUCUUUGGGACGGCUUCCACUUUCAAGCAUGAAGCAAUCAAAGACUCCGUGACUCACCUGUUUGACAGAAACGCGGACUAUGUACAGGAAGUGAAAAGGAUCUCUGCUGAAGGCGUGGACGUCGUGUUGGACUGCCUGUGCGGCGACAACACUGGCAAGGGGCUCAGCCUUCUGAAACCCCUGGGGACCUACAUUUUAUAUGGCUCCUCCAACAUGGUAACAGGAGAGACCAAGAGUUUCUUCAGCUUUGCAAAAUCAUGGUGGCAAGUGGAGAAGGUGAACCCCAUUAAGCUGUACGAAGAGAAUAAAGUCAUCGCGGGCUUCUCCCUCCUGAACCUGCUCUUCAAACAGGGCCGAGCGGGCCUCAUCCGAGGCGUGGUGGACAAACUCCUGGGACUGUACACCCAGAAGAAGAUCAAGCCCGUGGUGGACUCCUUAUGGGCACUGGAGGAGGUGAAGGAAGCCAUGCAAAGGAUCCACGACCGAGGAAACAUCGGGAAGUUAAUUCUGGAUGUGGAGAAGACCCCGACUCCGCUGAUGGCCAACGACAGCACGGAGACCAGCGAGGCGGGGGAGGAGGAGGAGGACCACGAAGGCGACGGCGAAAACAAAGAGCGGAUGCCCUUCAUCCAGUGAGCCGGCCUCCCCCCCCCCCCCCCCCCCGGGGAGAGUGAGGAAGGACGGCGUGGAGGAAGCUGAGCGGCGACGAGAACUCUUCCGUGCCCCAGUGAACAAAUGCUGUAGUCCAGUGCGUGUUGUGUUUGUCUGCAGUCAGCCGAGCUAAGAAGCUAGUGAUCGCUGUCGUGGUUUUUGUUUUGUUUUCUUUUCUUUUCUUUAUGGAGGGGGAAAUAAGUGCCAGGCCCGUUUCAUGCAGUAUUAUGUCCCUUUCUGGUCUGUGUAUCACACACUCUUCUCUUCUAACCCACCCAUCUACAGUUCCUCCUCGAUUGUUCUAGAAUAGCCUUGCACCUGAAUGAACACAAGCCCCACAGGCUCCCAAAGCCUGAAAGACCAGGCAUGGAGGAGGCCAGUUGUGGUUCCAGUGCGCCAUCCGGGUCUGAAGAUUCCAUUCCUUCCACUGUCUUCGGGCCAUAGCUUUGAGCCUCCCUCCGCUAGC